AUGGACAGCAUGACAGCCCCCCAAAAUCCGUGGGAGGGGUCUGCCAAACCUUUCCCUCUAAUUGACCAGGGAGCAGAAGCAGCCGGGGAUGCGAGCAGCCACAGACGGAGAGAGAGAGACGGACGCAUGGGCUUAACAGAAAGGGAAACCCAGCCCUGUGCUCAAAUGGCUGAUUUAGAACUGUUUUACUUUGAUCACUCCGAUCCGAGAGACACCUCCCUGGUUUUAAAUAAGCACAGUAUCAGCGAGAUCAGCGGCGCAAAGUCACUUCAUCCCGGCGGAGGAGAUGGUUCAGCACCAUGGACAGAGACCCGGAGAGCUGCGCGGCCGGAGGAGGAAACAGAAACAUCUUUCACCUGCAAGCACCAAGAUGAUGAAGAAGAUGAUGAUGACCAUCUCAUAGGGACAAGUCCACAAACCUGCAGACUGAGUCAGAGCUCCUCAAGUGAACUAUAUGAGGAGGAGGUGGUGGUGGAGGAGGAGGAGGAGGAGGACAUCCCGGAACUUUACUUGCUGUCCGACGACGACCUCUCCUCUGACGGCUCGGGAAAGUCUGUGGAUUACGGCUUCAUCAUCGCCGUGACAUGCCUGGUGACUGGCAUCUCUUUGGUCGCCAUAUCCUACACCGUCCCCAGGGAUGUCCGGGUGGACCCGGACAGCGUGUCCGCCCGGGAGAUGGAGCGGCUGGAGAGGGAGAAAGCCAGGGUGGGGGCCCAUCUAGACCGGUGUGUCAUAGCGGGACUGUGCUUGCUCACCCUCGGGGGCGUGCUGCUCUCCACCCUGCUCAUGAUCUCCAUGUGGAAAGGGGAGAUGAUGAGAAGGAAAGCUUUUGCUUAUUCCAAACACGCAGCAAAGUUGUACGGCUCGAUCAAUUUGAGAGCAGGCUCCAGCCCGACUCGGGAAUCCUGCUCACAUUUGUCAGUGGCUGAUGAGGAUUUAGAAGUGCUCAGCUGAAUUUAUGGACGGGACAAGCGGAAAAUACUCAGAAAAGUGCUUAGGAAAUCCUACUAGUGCUGUCCUAUAAUCGGGGAUGUAGUGGGGGUUUAAUGCUCUUUUUAUUUCCAACAGCUGAGGCUACGUUUUUGGUUGAUGUCGACAUGUUUUAAAGGAUCGUUUCACUUUUGUCUCUCUCUGUCCUAAUACAAUACUCACAUGCCCUUAAGUACACUGACAGAGUUUUUUUGUUGCUAUAAUUUCCCCCUCUGUCCAUAUUGGCCCUGAUAAGAUCCAGUCCUAAUCCAAUUCCAAUGUAAGUGACCCGGGACAAAAUCCACAGCCCUCUUUUGAGUCAAAAUGCAUUUUAAAGUGCAGCUGAAACUAAUAUGAGGGUUUAGCAUUUGGAUUUGCAGGGGUUCAGUGAAAAACAGACCUGUAAUAAUACAACACAAAGGGCUGCAUCAGUGGGGGUUUGUUGUUUCAGGUACCAAUGAAAAAUACAACCCAGAUCGGGUAACCAACACAUUCUUACUCCCAAAUACUGACACUUGGUCAGUAGCCCUACAUGUCAAAUUAUAAUGCUCUGGUUAUUAAAAUAGCUUGAUUGACUUUUGGUUUUACACAA